UGUUUCAUGACGUCUACAAAGUGUAACAGUUUUUCCUUUUUUUGUUUUUUUGGGUUUUCGUGCGCUUUGUGUAUACUUCGCCCCCAAAUUCAUUUUAUUUUCUCGUUCGCAUCACAUUCUCUCCUUCACACUUUACCUGAAAAGCUGAAAUCCCCCUGAUUCUUACUGUUUUCGUCAAUCAUGUCAGGUUCAGGUGAAGAUUUGGGUCGCUAUUGCCAACAAACCCAGUUCAAAUUUCUGUUCAAUUCUCAGUCUCAAUCACAGAUUCAGUCUUCUCCACCUCAGAUUCUUGGCCCUAUGAAGCGCCACUUCCCGUUCUCGUAUCCAAGGCCACCUUCUUUCGCUUUCAACUCUGCUCCCCAAUCUUAUAGUCAGAAUCACUCUCCCGAUCAUCAUCGUCUGAAUCCCCGCAGGGGCGGAGUCAGUGGCGGUGCUGAGGGAGGCUCUGUGAUUUCUAAGAUUCCGUUUUUCAGUACGGAUUUAAAAGCAGACAAUCUUGAAGGUCAAAUUGGUAAAUGUGCAACUCGCCGUGGACAUGGUGGAGCACUUAAUAUUGCGCCUGGCGCAGGUGGUAAGCAUAGCAAUAAAUCGAAGGUUUCAAAGCACAAGAAAUCUGGUUCACAAACUUUGGGGUCAAACUCGGACGACCCUUCUAAUAUGUUGGAACCAGCUGCCACUUGUCGUUAUGACAGUUCUCUGGGCCUGCUAACAAAGAAGUUCAUUAGUUUAAUCCAGGAGGCGAAGGAUGGCACUCUUGAUCUGAACAACGCAGCAGAUGUCUUAGAGGUUCAGAAAAGGAGAAUAUAUGAUAUUACGAAUGUUCUUGAAGGAAUAGGUUUAAUAGAAAAAACAUCAAAGAAUAAUAUACGUUGGAAGGGACUUGAAAUGUCAAUACCUAAGGAACUGGAUGCUCUAGUUACGAGGCUCAAGGCUGAAGUUGGAAGUCUAUAUGAUGAAGAAUGCAGGCUUAAUGAUAGCAUAAGAGAAAAACAGGAAAGUCUCAGGGCCCUAGAUGAAGAUGAAAACAGCCGGAAGCUUCUAUUUUUAACCGAAGAUGAUAUUCUGAGCCUUCCAUGCUUUCAGGACCACACUCUAAUUGCAAUAAAAGCUCCCCAGGCAAGUUCCCUUGAAGUCCCUGAUCCUGAUGAGGGUGUUGAUUAUCAGCAAUUCAGAAUCAUUGUCAGAAGCACCACAGGACCAAUUGACCUGUACCUGCUGAGCACACAUCAGGGGAGGUGUGAGAAUUUAGAUGUGAAGCAGGCCAAGACAAUUGAUUUGUCCAUGGGAAGUGGCAAUCCUAACAGUGAAGAUGCAUUACUCAAGAAAUUCCACGAUGAAAGGCUAUCUGAGGCAGGACAUUGCCAAGAUAAUAUAAAAACUUCCAUUUCAUCUAGCGCACUGGAAAAUGUGUCUGGGAUGCAGAGGAUCAUCCCUACAGAUUUUAGUAUUAAUGAUGAUUACUGGUUCCAGUCAGAUCUUGAAGUCAGCAUUACUGAUUUGUGGGCAAAUGACUGGGCACGAGUGUGUGAACCUCAAGACAAGAUUGCAAUGCACAACCCAGGAUUAAUGAAACAUCAUGUGCCUGCAGGUGGUGUUUGCAAACAAAGAGGGAUUGAGGUACCUUGUUGUAUAGAAAAUACUUGAGGGCUGUGUAGUAUGGUCCCUAAGUGAGUAUAAAUUAUGUAACAAGAUGGUUCUCUUUUAUUCUGUCAAUAAUUAAGUUGAUU